AUUAAAAGAUAACUAGUUACCAGUCUUAACUAAACUAAACCAGAUCAGUGUAGAUCCAAACUAAUGAAACCCAAGAUCAAGAAUAGACCAUCGUAUUAUUCCCCUUUGAAUCGUCCAAAAACUUCUAAAAAUAUUUCAAAUUUUAUGGGACGAUUGUCUACCGGGUUAGGUGAAAAACAAAUGAAAUUUGGCAAAUAGGUCACAUCACUACGAUUAAUCAAUGUUGAGACAAAUUUUAUGGGACGAAUGUCUACGGGUUAAGCGUAUCUUAACAGGUGUUGUGAUUUUUGACCCAAAAAAAACAGGUGAUGUGAUUAAUCAACGGACCAUAAAAAGUUGUACGUACAUAUUUAACGUAACAGCAAUAUAGCAUGACAAGUAAACUUGUACGUAAGAAGCGUAAAUAUAGCAUAAACCAACAAAACUUUUGGUGCCCUAAUUUCGUAGAAUGACAAGUCAAACUUAAUACUUUUCAAGUGUUUAGUUUGAAUAAAUGUAUAUUUUGAUAUAUCUUGCAAUUUUAGGCACAGAAUGAAGUUCUGCUGGUUUAAAAUGGCAAAAAUAUGUAAAAUAUAUAAUAGUUCGCUCAGUCACAUGUAAUCAUUUUCUCAAUAUUUGCAUUAGGAAUUAUUUCUUUCAUCCAAUGGUUUAGAUUGUAAAGAUUUUAACAUUAGGAUGUUAGUUAUCCAAAAUGGGUGAUUUUACUUUACUUCCCAAAAGAUGUGGUGAACAUGUCACGUAUCUUUCGUUGUUAAUAGCUUAUUGUUUGACGUAAAAGUCCUAAAACGUGUACUAAUUUUCAAUCAAAAAUAAAAUAUAUAAUGUGCACAUGUUGAUUUGACAAUUCUAGGGGGUGGGGGAGGGGGAACUAGUGAUCCUAAAUUUAUCUCCUAUAAAUAGACGUCUAGGUAAUUAGAUCAAAUAAAACAAGUGACCACAACAGAAAGUGAACUCUAACUUGAGAAUCAUGGAUCAAAUCAUCCUCAACUCAAACCCUUUCCUUUUAACUCUUUUCGCAUUACUUCCAGUUCUCUUCUUCGGAAUUGUCAAAAAUAAGAUCAAAUUGAAAAAGCUAAACCUUCCUCCAUCUCCCUCAAAACUUCCACUCAUUGGAAACCUUCAUCAAAUAGGUAACCUACCUCACAACUCACUCCACGACCUCUCACUCAAACAUGGACCGUUGAUGUUCGUGAACCUUGGAACCACUCGGUACCUCAUUGUCUCGUCCGCUGAUGCUCUCGAAGAGAUCACCAAGAACCACGACAUCACCAUCUCAAAUCGACCCACCAACACUAGCCUUAAUCCUCUAAAGGGUAAUGGUCAAGACUUGGUGUACCAUCCUUAUGGAGACCACUGGAAGGAGCUAAGAAAGAUCAGUGCAAUUCAUCUCAUGAGUAAGAACGUCGUGAACCGGUUUCAGACGUUGAGAGAUGAAGAGAUCUCGAGUAUGUUGGAGACUAUUCAUUUUUCGAGCCUAAAAGGUGAAGAGAUCGAUAUGUCGGAUAUGUUCAACACCGUGGUUAGUAAUGUCGUUCAUAGGUCGUACACUGGUAGCUACAAAAAGGAAGAGAAGAAAGGGCUUGAGAAUGCGACGCGGGUCUUCUUGAAUUGGGAUGUCAAGUUCAAGAAGCUCUUGGGAUCUUUCUGCUUGGAGGAUUUGUUUCCGAUCUUAGCGUGGAUGGAUAGGUUUACGGGCUUCAAAACUCUUUUAAAGAGUACUUACUUGGAGUUGGAUGGUAUUAUGGAGACUCUCAUCAAUGAAAGAGAGAAGGAGAGUUUCGUGGAUGUUCUUCUUCAUCAACGAGACAACGAGAAGCUUGACUAUGACGUCAAAGCAAUAAUGCAGGGUAUAUUUGUGGCGGCUAUAGAAUCUGUAGCCUUGGAGCUAGAGUGGUUGCUGGCCGACCUCAUCAAGCAUCCCCAAGUUAUGAGGAAAGCACAAGAAGAAGUGCAACGCAUAGUGGGGACCAAACCUAAGAUAACCAAUAAUGAAAUAGAUAAAAUGCAAUAUUUGAAAUGUGUAAUCAAGGAGACAAUGAGGCUGCACCCUGCGGGAACAGUUCCACGAGAGACAUCAUCAAAGUGGAUCAAAGUAGGCGGGUACGACAUUCCUCCAAAGACCAAACUAUUGGUGAAUCUGUUUUCUGUCCAACGUGACCCUAAAAUUUGGGAAAACGCUGAAGAUUUUAUCCCUGAGAGAUUCCUAGACAAGAGCAUUGAAUAUAUGGGGAGCAAAGGGUACGCACCAUUUGGUUUUGGUCGUAGGAAUUGUCCCGGUAUGGCUUAUGGUAACGCGUUGCUAGAGGAGAUUAUGGCGAAUCUUCUCUACCGAUUUGACUGGAAGAUUCCUGAUGGCUCUAAACCGGAAGAGCUUAACAUGGAGGAGGUUUGCCAAUUUGUUGUCGCAAAGAAGUACCCUCUCAAGCUGGUUCCUGUUCCAAGGUUUAAGAGCAAUGCCUAAGGGUUGGUACGGUUUCCCUAUAUAUCAAUUAUCAAGUGUUAUAUGAGGCCAAGCCAUUUGGUUUGUUAAUAAGUGAGAUAAAUGUUUGUUUCCGUUCUCCAAUAAUAAUAUUACUGCAAGAAUAAGGCCGUUUCGUUAUGUAAACGUAAAAAGUAUUCAACCAACUUAAUUUUUUAAUUUAUACGA